CAAGUGUAGCAGCUAACAGUUUCUGUGUAAUUGUCGUGGUGGUGACUUUCCUCCUCAAGUCCUUGUCCUGGAAGGGAAAGGCUGCCCUUGUGUUCCUCACCAUCCAGUCGUGUCACCAACCGUGUUGUCUGUGUGCCGGACGUUAAUUUUGAUUGUGAUUUAACGUGCUUGUCCCGCAAGGAUCGCCGCAGUGACCGCCUUUGUUUAGUAUUUUGUGAGCCGCCGCAAUAGGUGGGUGUGGUGAUUGUUUCCUGGAUUGCUUGAGUAAUUCCACGUGUUUAGGCGAUAAUUGUUUGUUAAUGUGUCUGAUGAACUCUUUAAAUUUUUAAUGAUCUAUCCCAUAUUCUUUCUGUUGUGGUGAAAAAGGGAGAUAUUGAGCAUAAAGUAAUCCAAAUUUCUGUCUGUGAAUUGAAUGCAAUGAAGCACUCGACAGAAAACCGCGAAGAAAAUAAAUAAACACAUAAAUAAAAAAAAAUGGAAGUUACUGAGAAAAUCAACAUUGAAACGAUGUCAAUGAGAAUAACGGAAACAAAUAGUCAAGUGUACGCGACAGCCAUAGUGUUUAAUUGUUAUAUGUCCCCUCUUUCCUUAUAUAAGUUAGUAUCUUGACUGUAAUCGCAGGAAGGCUGGAAAUUCAUAAGUAAAAAAAAUAAAUAAAUAAAUAAAUAAUUGUUCCCAGUGGAGUGCUUGACAUUUGAAAUUCGCGCUACAAUGUGGAACCAAAACAGUGCCGUUGCGAAGAUUGUAUAAUUUGUAUGGCCGCCACCGAUCGGAUCUCUCCCUCGCCACAGCAUCCUCACGUAAAUCUACAUGCAAAUACAUCACCAUCACUUGUUGUAGCGGUGAUGAGCGUGUUAUUCUGACAGGUAACAUUCCACCAGACCACCACAACCACAAGUACAGUAUGAAGUGGCAGUCAAACACACCACCACUACCACUACUACCACUACUACUAACACGUGUGGAAGCUGCCGGUCUCUCUCAGCAUCACUACGAUUUUGGGGACUGGACGGCAAUAGUGGUGCUGACGGGCCUGGCUGUCUUGGGGUCCCUGGCGUGUUUGGGUGCGUGUGUCAGGCGGCGGAGACGGGCAGUACUGGAGUAUUAAGGAUGUUAGGCAGCCAUUAUACAGUGGUGGAUGGCGGGCUGGCUUCCACACUGCAGGCUGAGGGGUACGAGGUGGAUGGCGACCCAUUGUGGAGUGCUCGGCUGCUGGCAACACACCCAAGCGCCAUUAAAAAGGUACACACAUUAUUUUUAGAAGCAGGAGCAGAGGUGGUGGUGUGUGGCAGUUACCAGAGCAGUGUGCCAGGUUUUCAGCAGCACCUUGGCACCACACAGAAGGAGGCACUGGCACUUAUUGAACGUUCUGCCACUCUGGCACUCGAAGCUGUACAGGAGUUUGAGGGGAAGAGAGGAACUGAAGGUCACCCAAAGGUCGUUGCAGGGUCAGUAGGGCCCUAUGGAGCAUGCCAGGCAGAUGGGUCAGAGUACACAGGGUCAUACAUUCCCUCUGUGACCCAAUGUGACCUCGCGACCUGGCACCGACCACGCUUGGAGGCAUUGGCAGGGGCAGGGCUGCAGCUGGUGGCACUGGAGACCCUGCCAGCACUGUCUGAGGCCUUGGCACUCCUGGGGCUUCUGCGAGAGUUUCCUGAUUUAAAGGCUUGGGUCACCUUCUCCUGUAAGGACGCACAGCACACAAGUUAUGGAGACAAUUUUGGUGAAGCAGUGAGGUCGUGUUAUGAGCAAGGCAGGGAACAGCUGAUAGGGGUGGGGGUCAACUGCACUCCCCACAUCAUCACCCCACUUCUUCAGGAGGCUAACCGGUUCCUCCCCUCCCCCCACGUCCUCCCCAGGGUGGUGUAUCCAAACUCAGGGGAGGAGUGGGUACCUGGCAAAGGGUGGAAGGCGAGAGGGGAGGGGGAGCUUGGCCCUUCUUGGGGGAGGUGGGGGUGUGGGCGGAGCUUGGAGCGCGGCUGGUGGGUGGCUGCUGUCGACUGGGUCCCGGAGACAUUAAAAACAUUGCUGGGGUGUUGAAGGGCCUGCCAGAUCCUUGAGUCACAAAGAGGUGGACUCACUACGCCAUGUAAAGUUAUUUGAGAGAGAGAGAGAGAGAGAGAGAGAGAGAGAGAGAGAGAGGGAGGGAGGGAGGGAGGGGGGUGAUAGAGAAGCGAAAGGGUUGUCAGUUCUUCCUGCUGUACGAGGCUGUGGUGUGAAAAGACAGGAAAUAUGUAGAAGUCGUGAUUAAAGUGUUUUUCUUCAUGUUUGAGGUGAGAAAUGAAGGAAAGAAAGGGAAGGAGAAUGUUUUUAAUGGGUUCUCGCUGAUACGUGAGGCUGUGGAGGUGUGGAAGGAUAGGAAAUGUGGAAAAGUGGAUUAAGGUUGUUUUUCUUGUCUGAGGUGAUAAAUGAAGGCAAAAGGGAAGAAUUUAUGUAUUUAUUUAUUUUAUUUAUUUAUUUAUUUAUUUAUUUAUUUAUAUUUUUUAUCGUAAGUUAAGCGCUUGAUAUUCUCUCUCUCUCUCUCUCUCUCUCUCUCUCUCUCUCUCUCUCUCUCUCUCGCUAAAGCCUUUAUUUUUCAUGGUGUCUAACUUUUUUAAACUCUUGUCUAGUUAUUACUUUUAGUCUGUUUUAUAAUGCACUUCGUAUUUAAAAGCGGCUGUGAUUGUCUCUUGUUGGUGGUUUUUACGAAUAAUAAAGGAACUUGCAAAAUAA